AUGAAUAACGAGGAUUAUGGUUACGAUUACGAUUAUCUUUUCAAAAUUGUCUUGAUUGGUGAUUCUGGUGUCGGUAAGUCUAAUUUACUCUCUCGUUUCACUACAAAUGAUUUCAAUAUGGAAUCGAAAUCGACGAUAGGUGUUGAAUUUGCAACUAGAACCAUUGAAGUGGAAGGUAAAAAGAUUAAAGCUCAAAUUUGGGAUACUGCAGGUCAAGAACGUUAUAGAGCCAUUACAUCUGCUUAUUAUAGAGGCGCAGUUGGAGCGCUUAUCGUUUAUGAUAUUUCAAAACCAAGUAGUUAUGAAAAUUGUAACCAUUGGUUAACAGAACUAAGAGAAAACGCCGAUGACAACGUAGCGGUGGGAUUAAUUGGUAAUAAGAGCGAUUUAGAUCAUUUGAGGGCAGUGCCAACGGAUGAAGCCAAGAACUUUGCUCAAGAGAACCAGUUGUUAUUUACAGAAACGAGUGCAUUAAAAAGUGAAAAUGUCGAUUUGGCAUUUAGAGAGUUGAUAACUGCGAUAUAUCAAAUGGUUUCCAAACAUCAAGUAGAUUUAGGUGAUGCAAAUACCCAAGGAAAUGCACCAAAGGGUCCAACGAUUAGUCUAACACCUGCUCCUAAUGAAAACAAGAAAAAGAGUGCAAACAACUGUUGCUGA